AUGGCGAACAGAGAGACGGAGAGGUCGGCGUCCCGGUCUCGGGUGGCCGCGAGUCCGUUCAGGACAGGGAGCGUUGCGUCAUCGCCUCACGCGGAUUCCUCCGCGCGAAAUCUUCAUUCGGUCCUUGAAACAUGCCUGUUGUCUUCUCAAAAUGAGGCAGCAGAAGCAACAAAACUGGCGCAGGGCGAAGCAGAGGCUGCUGUCGCCGCCGCAGCCCUCACCGCGUCGCUUAUCGACGCCAUGUCCGUUGAGCACCAGCAGAUUUGUGGGCUGGUCCCUUUUAGUUCCCCGGCUUCUCUUUCGGUGUCUCCUGCGUUCGCCUCGUCCUUUGGCUCUCCACCAGCAUCGACUCUGAGGCGUGGAGCAGGCCGGACGCUCCGUGGGUUGGGGCGGCUGAAUCUCGAGCGCGAGCACGCAGAGGUCGCAGUUCAGUGUGCUGAGGAGAAACUGCAGGAAGUCGCCAAGGAGAUGCGUCAGACUCUGGAGGACGAACGAAGGCGCGUCGCGACCGAGCUUGAGAAGCAGCGACAACACUUGCUGCAUCACGAAGGAGAACUCAGUCUCCUUCACUCUCAGCUGAAUGCUGUUCUAAGAGAAGGCAGUCUACCCUCCGUUCGUCGCCACACUGUAAAUGCCAAGGCCAGUCGCGCCGCGCCGCGAGUGGGGAGUCUCUCUCCGAACGCUCCUGGCGCGCUCCCUUCGAGACGGAAAGCCCCACCUUCGUCGUCUCUCUCACCUUCUUUCGGAACCGUCGAUGCUCCGCCGCAGGGACAAAUGUGUCAGGAAGAAGCGCCGCAGCAGGUGGAGCCUCCAGGAGGAGACAGCGACUCUCGAGAGGAAGGAGGGCGGGGGAGGAAGAGAGCGGACGACGAGGGCGCUGCGCUCGAGGCCCGCGGCGGAGUCUCAUCUGAGGACCGAGAAGAGGAAGCAGAGAAGGGGGUCGAAGGCCAGAGCGAACCGAGAAGCGACGGCGGCCGCGAUACACGAGGCGAGGGCCUCUACCAGGAAGGAGAACAAAGAAUGGAACAGACAGGGAGGAUGGAGAGGGAGGGUGACAGCGCUUUGAGGCGGGAAGAAGACUGGCUGCAAACCUCCACUCCGCCGGCCGCGCGUGGGCUGUCUCACUCGCAGCAGCCGCCUCGAGAAGACACGGAGACGGGUGGCGCCCACGUCCUGGACCAGGCGAAGCCGGAAAGCAGCGUCGGACUCUCAACAUCACACCAGACAGGGGAGAAAAACGCUCCGUCCCUCUCGUCUCUUGCUGCGAAACAGGAGCAAGAGGAAGAGCUCCUGGAUGCCAACGGCUCGAACGGUAGAUGCACUCGCACCGACUUCAAGCAGUCGAGCGAGGUGCUGAGGCACGGCGACAGCCUUCUCAGGAACUACGUCGUGAAACAAAAAGUGGGAUCGGGCACCUGGGGAGACGUGUUCGUUGCGGUCGAGCGCGCGUCUGGGCUCCAGCGAGCAGUCAAGAGAAUCUCCAAGAGGUCUGUCAGAGCUCUGGAGCAUGCAGAGGACGAGCUGCUUCUCCUUCAGCGUUUGGAUCACCCGAACAUCAUCAAAGUCUACGAUUGCUUCGAGGACUACUCCUACGUUUACAUUGUCAUGGAACUCUGUCGAGGUGGGGACUUGUACGACGCCAUCUUGCGUCGGGCCUGCGGGGGCUCCAACCCAGUCCCGCCUGGGCCGCCGCGACCGCCCUUCGACGAAGUUGGCGCGGCCGUUUUGAUGCACCAGAUCUUCGCUGCGGUCCACUACUGCCACUGCAGAGCCGUCGCCCACAGAGACAUCAAGCCUGAGAACUUUCUGCUCACCCACCCCGACUCGUUCAGACUGAAACUGAUCGAUUUUGGACUGGCGAGAAGUUUCCUCUACGACCCCGACGAGUUGCCGCCUCGGACGAAGCGCAGACGUCGCGCUGCGCAGCGACGCCUGGGCAGUGCGGACGCCGGACCUCCCACGAAAACCGCCUCGACCGUCUCCUCGCCGCUCGAUUCUCGGGGACAGGCCGCGACUCCGCCGGAGGACCUGGCGACUCGGCCCGCCAACUCGCUAGGCGGAGAAGAGACGGCGAGCGCCGCGGACGGGAGAGAACCAGCGGCGGAGACAGCAGACGUGACGCAGUCGGGCCGCUGCGUGUGUGCGUCGGUCGGGCACGAGCUGCGGCGCCGUCAAGCGAAGACGGAGCGAAGAUUCCGAUCUGCGAAAAACCUCCAAGACGACGUCUCGCAGGCUCCGUCGUCCCGUCGCUCUUCCGUUUUCGCUCUGGAGCGAAACUCGGGCGGCGAGAGGAGACAGGAGGCAUCCUGCCUGCGGCGCCACCAACUGGUGCGUCCUCUCCACUCUGUCGUCGGGACGAUGCACUUUGCGGCGCCUGAACUUCUCUCGAUUUCCGUCAGAGACGCGUAUCCCGCAAGGACUCCUCUCAGCCUGCGGCACCCCGCUGCGGACUCAGAGACGCGGAGCGGCGGGAGCGAGUUCGCGGCGGGAGAAGCGCCCGAGGCACGCAGUCCCCCUGAGGCUUCCGACCUUCGCGAGAGGCCGUGCGAGGCGGCCAGCACGAGCGCGGACGCGGAAACGCACCACCUGCGAGAGGUUGGAGAACAGAGGCUGCGGACAUUUGGCUACGACGGCCGCUACGCUGACUCGUGGAGCUGCGGCGUCCUGCUGUAUCUGCUGCUGAGUGGCGAGCUCCCGUUCCAAGGCAGCUCUGACGCAGAGAUUCUUCAUCGGAUGCUCCACGCUCCUCCUUGCUUCACUGGAGAAGUGUGGACCAGCAUUUCCUCGGUCGCCAAGGAUCUGAUUUGCCGUCUCCUCACCGUUCCUCCGUCUUCGCGUCUCCUCCCCGGCGAGGCUCUGCGCCAUCCGUUCUUCCACGUUUUUCUCCCCCACACGAUUCCGCUUCCUCUCUACGCCUCGCCUGGCCUGCUGCCGCGCAGGCCCUCGCUCUCGGCUUCUCCGUCCUUCUCUUCGCUUCUCACGCCCUGUCAAGGCGUUAGGACACCGUCUGUCGCGACGCCAGCAAGCGGCUGCGGCAUCGCGGCUGGGAGAUGCGGCGGCGCUCUCAAGUCUCCCACGGGGCCUUGCUCCGGAGAGAGAAUGAGCAACCUCGAAGAGAGCCCCGAGGUUGCCGCCUGCGCUUCGCCGUCUGCGAAAGAGGGCGAGGAUUCACCCUCGAGGGCGACGUCGCGCGGAUUCGCGAAAAGCUCCUCGGCCUCUCCGCGGGUCUCCCCUCGUUCCUCAGUUCUUCGACGGUGCCGGUCUGAGACCGACCUCUUCUGCGCAUGCUGUCUUUGCGCGAGAAACGGGGGACCAAGAGGACGCGACAGACGCCUUCUGCAUGGGCGAGAGGACCACGAGAUACCUAAGACGGACUUGAGGCCACACGACAGCUGCCGGACUGCGUCUCUUUCGUUGUCUCUCGAGUCCAGGCCUCUGACCGGUGCGUCGCCCCGCGGCCUCCCAGGGCCCUACCCACCUGCGGCCGCCCAACAGGACGACUCCCUAGACUUGCCGUGCUCGUUCAAAGCCUCAUCGCUUCGACCUCCCGUCCCCUCGUCUCACCAGUUACCUUCCGAGAGGAGGGAAGGAGAAAGGAACGACUGUCAGUCGCCCUCUCCCGUUUCUUCAGCAGCCCCGCCGGGGUGGCGUUGCCCCGCGUCAGGCGGCGCGACGAGUCGGGAGAUCGGCGCGCGAAGGGCCCUCGACUGGUGGGUCGCGCCUCCGUUCCACUCCCCCGGGUCCCUAGAGAGAGAGGACCGUAGUCCAGUUUCCGAAUCCGAGACAAACGGAAGGAGAGUUCCUUCGUCUGUCGCGUCCUUCAACGCACACCGCCAGGCUCUCCCGCCCUGCGCGUCGGCGGCACAUCUCCUUGGCCUGCGAGUCCGCACGCAAGACGGAACGCCCGGAGUGCUGCCGCUGCCAUUAAUAGAAGUGUCUGGGCCGAAGGGAAGAGGCAAGAAGACGAAGAAGACCUCGCGAGCCUUGGAUCCGACUCAAGCGGCUGCCUUACUGGAGAGAAUCGGGGUUCCGGCGUCCGGGUCCGCGCGAGCUCCUCUGGAGGCCUCUUCGGAAGACAGAUGCGUCUCUCGCUUCGCGUCCUCGCCCGUUUCCGUCCCCCACUUUCCCCCAGAAGGAACGCUUCGGUCGCGCUUCCUAUCGCGCGCGUCCGCGCCUUCUGCCGCGGGCCUCACCCAGCGCAGCAGUCAAUGGCCCGGCGCCGGAGCGCGCCGCGUGCUGCUGGUGGGCGAGCGCGAGGUGGCGGAAGCGAACCUCGCUCAGCACGAGUGGCAGACGUUGCUGGAAGAAAUCGCGGAAGAGAUCGGAGACGGCGGAGACAGUGUGGCUCUGACGACCGCCUACAUCUGCUGGUGUCGCGCCCCCGCUCAGCAGCAGCGGGCCUUGCUGCGGGCCCGCAGCGCCGAGGGACAGGCGGACCGCGAGGCGCCAAGCGAGGACGCCGACGAGGAAGACGCGGCAGAAGACGCCUCGGAGAACAAGCUGGAGACCGGUGCCGGGGAAGAAAACGGCGAAUGCGCGGGCGGCGCAGAGAAAGAAGAGACGGAAGAGGGCUCGAGUGAAGAAGACUCCGGGAGUGAGAAGAGCUCGACGUGUAGCGCAGAUUCCCGCAGCUCCUCCAGAUCUUUCGAAGCGAGCGAUGAGGCUGACACGGGACCGCGUCUUCGCCUCUCGCCUGCCUUUGCCUUCCCUGCGGUGUCUGUACCGCCGGUGUUCCACCCGCAAGCGUCUUGGUCGGGCUCGGCUGGCGCCAUCUCCUGCUCGACCGCCUCGUCGUGGUGCUCGCCUCAAAGCGGCGAGACACGCGGAGGCGUGGCGGUUUCGGAGACGGAGAGGAAGAAGCUUGGCGACACAACCCUGGCAGAGCACGAGAAACCCGACGGCGGAAAGAGCGUCGGCGGCCCCAGCUGCGCGAGUGACGAGGCGACCCUCGCAGCCCUUUCGGCUGUCACGGCAACUCAGUUUCUCCAACCGACGCUCCCUUUCUACCCUCUCGGAGAAAUGCAGGCUCCAACCGCCUUUCCUGUUAGGGAAAAGCCGCAGUCGGCAACGCCCAGAGCGGCCAGGCCUCCUUUGGUCUACAAUCCGCGCACGUGCCCGUCGGCCGCAGCUGGGAGAGGCCGGAUCCCGGGGAGGAACGCGGAGAAUCUCGUCCGUUCUGGCGACACAGAAGGAAGAAGCGAAGGACGCGCCGCAGGGCGGGGCUUCCGGGCUCUGCCUCGGGCUUGGCCAGGCGCGCCUGGCGAGGCCUUCGCGGGAGGACCCGAGACCGCAGCUGCGAACUUCGCGGCCUGUGGCGGAUUGUAUUUAGAUGAGAGCAGCUGGCAGCCAGUCGACGACGACUUGGAUUCUUCCCUCUGCGGAGAAACAGCAAGGCGGCCAAGUCCGUCCCGGCCAUCUAGAAGAGGGUGCGAAGCUCUGCCAGGACACCCUUUCUCUUUUGUCCUCUCGGGGCGAGGCUCGGCCGUCUGUUCGCAUGCGCAGGCCGCUUCGGGCGGCGUUUCGAGCGGCGCGCGUAUGUCGGAGCGAGAAGAGGGACCGCGGAGUGAUGACGAACGCGCCAAGAGCCAGAAGGAGCAAGAACUGAACUUCCUUCUUUGCUCGCCGGUCCCCCACUUUCACCUGCCUUGUCGGGAAGCGAGCGACAAGAUCCUCUGCGACAGAGGCCAGGCGAGACACCCGAGUGAUGCGUCCAACACAGAGGCCUCAUCUCCCACCGCUCCACUUUGCUCUGCGUCGUGCGUUUCACGUUCCGUUGCGCCUUCUUUGCCCGCCGCCCAGAUCUGGUUUCUGACGCCUCAGGACGUCAAGCUCUUUCCCUUUUGUCCCUUGGCUCCGAUUCUCGUCGAGCGAUGGAUGGCGUACGCAAGGAAGACCGCGUUGCAGAGGAAAUGCGCCUCGUCAGUCGUUGAGGUGGCUCGGGGCGAAUUCGCGAACGUUCCGCCUCCCCAUGCUUCACGGCCCGUGGCCCUAGCAGCUGCGCGGACGGGGAUCCGCGGGGCGCCGCCGCUCGCCGCGGGCUGCAUGCGGGGUUCCGCUGGAUCUGCAUCUCGCAGUGUGGAUGCCUCUGCGGCGGCGCGGAGUGCACCGAGCACGCCGGCAGGUCAGGGGCUCGGCGCGUCUCCUGCGCCUGGUUCGGCCGAAGAGAUCGAACGGUGCGACUGCGCCGUCGAGCAGCUCCAGCGCCUCGAAGGGCUCUUUGUGCUCCUCGACAGCGAUGGAGACGGCCAGCUGAGUCUGGCAGAAACCCUCGCGGGGGUGCGGCGCCUGGCCGCGCUUCUGCGUUUCAAAAUGACGGUGGACCUAGAGCGCAAGAAGGAGGCAAAUGCUCUAGCUCGCGAGAGGGAAAAGCGCCUGAAAAAGGUGGAGGAAGAAAUCAGUGCAGCAGAGGCGGUGGUCCACCGCCAGCAGGAAUUUCUCGACGUCUGUCGGAAACAGAGGACUCCGGCCGCUGUUCAGACUCUCCAGAACAAGGGGCGAGUUUCGAUUCUCUGCGAAAGCCGAGGCGAACCUCUGCAGGAACCCUGGAGACGAACGGCUCAGCCUGGCCUGAGCGGAGAAACAUCCUGCGAAAGGCGGGAGAGCCCGCCGGGACGGAUCGACCAGGAGUGCGAAGGCGUCAACGAAAAGGGGACGGAGGGGGAAAAUGCACCAACAGCAGUCCCGGAGGCGACACGGGCGGGCGGUGCCGGGUCAGAAGGCGCAUGUGGUUGUCGGGCGCAAAGGCGACGGGAAAGAAGAAACCUUCUUGCGGCGCUGUGGCAGGCAGACGCCGCAGAGCCUCUCCUCGACGCUUGCAUGCACGCGUGCGACACCAACGGCGACGGCGCCCUGGACCUCUCGGAAUUCCUCACGGCCUGUGCGGACGAACGGAUCUUUGCGAGACAGGAUCUGCUCAAAGCCGCCUUCCGCAAACUCGAUCGCGACGGCGACGGAGCCAUCAGCGCCGAGGAGAUGGGCGUCGCUCUCGGCUGGAGCGAAGCAGGCGUGGAUUCCUGUCGACUGGAUUUCGUGAAGGAAGAGGAACCUGAAAAAGAAUGCGACCGACGACGGCAGACCAACGAGCACGUCGCGGAGCUCCUCCUCGCUGCGGACAGCGACGGCGAUGGAAAAUUCAGUUUCCAGGACUUUGUUUCUUGCCUCCGAGAACCAUGA